ACCCUCGUCUCAAUAAUUUGAUAAAGUAAAAAAUAAAAAUCCGUGUAUUGAUACGGGAUCCGUGUAUAGAUACGGAAUAACAAGUGACUGCUCUGAAUAUAAUUCAUAACCGAGUUCAUCUUCUCUAAUCUCUACCGUGUUCUUCAAGUCACAACAAUGUCACGUUCCACUUCAGGAAAACGCUGUAAAAUUGCGGAGAAAGAUGACUUGGAAAAUAGAGUAGUUGAACAAUCAUCACCACAGCAAUUACAAACUAGCGAUCCAGUUCCAGCGUGUCUUAAGCUUGUUCAAAAUUGUUAUAACUGUGGUCAAGAAGGACAUUAUGCUUCGAGAUGUGCUAAACCUAGGGGAACUUGUUACGAGUGUGGAGAAGCCGGACACAAGGCUCGUGAUUGUAAGCAGCCUCGAAAAAAAAGUCAUGUUCCACGUGUUCCUGCAUUGUCAGCACAAGGUAGAUCUGGUGUAUCAGGUUCUUUUUCUGCCGGAGGAUCGUCUUUUAAGAUGGAUUUUAAGACACUUGCACAGAGUACUAUAUCAAGGCCUUUGUGUUUGUAUUUCACGUUAGGUUGCUGCACUAAGAUGGAAGAUCAAUCACACUUAAAGAUGUUCAAUCAUAGUUUUCCAGAGCUCGAUACAAAGCGUUUUGACUUGAAGCAUGCAAAGACUCAACAGUUCGACUUUUUCCUUGUGCUUGAUUUGGAGGGAAAAGUUGAGAUUCUUGAAUUUCCUGUACUGAUGAUUGAUGCUAAAACCUUGAAGCUUGUUGAUUUUUUCCACAGAUUUGUAAGACCCACAGGGAUGAGCAAGGAAUACACAAACCAGUAUGUUGAUGGAAAAUAUGGAAAACUUGGAGUGAAUGGUAUCUGGCAUGAGACGGCUAUUCCAUUUAAGGAAGUUAUACAACAAUUUGAAGAUUGGCUGGCAACACACAGGAGGUGGGCAAAGGAGUCCAAGGGGUAUCUUAAUAAAGGCGCAUUCAUAACUUGUGGAAAUUGGGAUAUUAAAACAAAAAUCCCGGAGCAAUACGUAGUAGCAGGGAUGAAGCUUCCUCCAUAUUUUAUGGAAUGGAUCAAUCUGAAGGACAUCUACUUGAACUUUUACAACAGGGAGGCCACAGGUAUGGUUCCGAUGUUGAGUCAACUUAAGAUGCAAGUACUAGGAACUCACCAUGUUGGAAUUGAUGACACGAGGAAUAUAGCAAGAGUUCUGCAGCGGUUGAUUGUCGAUGGCGCGGUUUUGCAGUUAACUGGAUGGAAAACGAUGAAUGGAAAGGUUGAAUAUCUCUUUAAUAAUCGCAUCAAACUCAAACAUCAGAAGGAUAAUUGAUAAAUAAAAUUCUCUUAGCUCUCUAGUUACAAAUUAAGUUUAGUUGCCUUCAAAGUACAUUGGUAUCUUACGUAUUCUACAAACAAGCAGAUCUGUACAUGGGUUCAAAGGUUCACUCGUGAGCUUGUUCAAAUUUAGGAACUGCAUGUUUGAAUUAUGACAUUUUUAACUAAUUUCUAUAUUU